CAAGGCAAAAUAAAACAGGAAAUUUGCUAGAAUCAAGAAUGAUGGAUCCCUGUUCUGUUGGAGUCCAGCUUCGUACCACAAAUGAGUGCCAUAAAACAUACUAUACUCGUCAUACAGGCUUCAAGACUUUGCAAGAAUUGUCAUCAAAUGAUAUGCUUUUGCUUCAACUUAGAACUGGAAUGACACUUUCUGGGAACAAUACGAUCUGUUUCCAUCAUGCAAAAAUUUACAUUGACAGAUUUGAAGAUUUGCAGAAGUCAUGUUGUGACCCAUUUAACAUUCACAAAAAACUAGCCAAAAAAAAUUUGCAUGUAAUUGACUUAGAUGAUGCCACUUUCCUGAGUGCAAAAUUUGGAAGACAGCUUGUACCUGGUUGGAAGCUUUGUCCAAAAUGUACGCAGAUAAUCAAUGGAAGCGUGGAUAUCGAUUCUGAAGACCGCCAGAGGAGAAAACCUGAUUCGGAUGGAAGAACUGCUAAAGCUUUGAGGUCGUUACAAUUUACAAACCCAGGAAAGCAGACAGAAUUUGCUCCAGAAACUGGAAAAAGAGAAAAAAGAAGGCUUACAAAGAAUGCGUCAGCUGGUUCAGACAGACAAGUGAUACCAGCAAAGAGUAAGGUCUAUGAUAGCCAGGGUCUCCUGAUUUUCAGUGGGAUGGACCUCUGCGACUGCCUUGAUGAAGAUUGCUUAGGAUGUUUCUAUGCUUGUCCUGCCUGUGGUUCUACCAAAUGUGGAGCAGAAUGCCGCUGUGAUCGCAAGUGGCUGUAUGAACAAAUUGAAAUAGAAGGAGGAGAAAUAAUUCAUAAUAAGCAUGCAGGAUAAUUUGUGAUA